AUGUGGCUGGAAAAGUACGCCCCGCAAAGCCUCGAUGAGCUGAAAAUCCACAAGGACAUUACGCAGAGGCUGAAGAAGCUGAGUGCACACAAGGACCUACCACACAUCAUUUUUUACGGAGCGCCUGGAGGAGGAAAAAGUACGCGAAUAGAUUGCCUAAUAAAGGAAAUAUUUAAGGAAGAAAAAAUAAUUAGGAGACCAGAAUGUUUAACAAAUGCAGAAAGUAAAAUCAGCAUAAAUGUGGUCCAAAGUAAUUACCACUUAGAGUUACAAUGUUUCGAGUUAGGAACAAAGGAUAAAAUAAUUGUGCAGAAUGUGAUUAAGGAGCUAUGUAGCUAUAAAUCGAGUGCGUCUUUUUUUUCAAAAACACCUAUGUAUAGGAUAUUUGUUUUUAAGGAUGCGGAAUUUUUAAGUGAAGGAGCUCAAGCGGGACUGAGAAGGACAUUGGAGACGUAUAUAAGAAAUGCUAGGGUCAUUUUACAUUUAGAACAUUUGUCAAAAAUUAUCGAACCGUUAAAGAGUAGGUGCAUUUGUAUCAGGGUACCUCUCCCCACGGAGGAGGAAAUUUUUGGGGUGUUAAGUGAUAUUAGCGAAAAUGAGCAUAUACCUGAACCGUUUUGCUCAGUUGAUUUUUUCAAAACAUUGAUUAAUAAGCAUGGAAGAAAUUUGCGGAAAUGUAUUAUGGCACUAGAAAUGACAGUCUACUCAAAUUCAGCCAAGCCACACCAUUCCCUUUCGGUAGCCUCUACAUACAUAAACGAACUGUGCGAGUUUGCCUUUGUAAAUCCGUCCCAAAUAAAGAUGAAAGAAUGCGUGACAAAAAUUCAGAGCUUAAUCACGUGUCAAAUUCCAGUCAAUUUUAUUUUCGAAACGAUCAUAAAAUAUUUGUUACGCAACAAUUUUGAUUACAAGUUGAAGUACUACUUCCUAAAGUUGUGUUCGCACUUUUCCUUCCUCUCGGAGAACUCCUUCGAUAAAAGCGUCUCCCUCAUCGCCUUCAUCGUGAACGCCAACACGGCCAUUAUAAAGUACAACUUGGCGAAGAAGUAG